AUGAAAUCUGCUCUUCUUCUGACACUUACUAUAAAGGAUGUGGUGCCAUUCUCACCGAGCCCCAUAGCUCAACUCCGCCAGGCCAACAGCUCCAAUUAUCAUCCAUGGAAAACCCACAAAAAUCCUAUCUUUAUUCACAUGUCGGGCACCGAGAUUCCCAGUUAUUCCCAAAUACCCCAACGCCCCUCUUCCUCUUUCCCUCAAACCCUCAAACUUCCGUCCCUCCACAGCCCCGACUCGAUCCUCCCGCCGACCGUAUCGCACCCCACCGACGACGACUUCGCGGAAAACCCUCACAAAUUGUUCACCCUGCAGUUAAUCCCAAACGGGUACCGCCUGGACCCGGCCGUACAAUCGGAGGGCCGGGUAUUCAUCCAGGACCCGCCAUGGAUUUCGUCUCUCUUCGACAAGAGCCUGCUCUUCAGGAACCGGAGCCGGAGCGGGGUCAAAAUAGAAUUUCAGGAAAUGGAGAGGCGGAAAAAAAACAAUGUGAAGAAGUGCGGAGUCAUAGAGUGUGCUCCCCUGGUUCUUUCUGGGCUUGAUCAAGCUGUUAGACAUAUGGACAUUCCGUAUGUGCCAAUGUUGGUGCCACCCGAGAAAUGGAAGGGGCAGUACGACAAGGGUGGUUACCUGUUUUUACCUUCUUAUUUAAUGCGUACUCGCGGUUCAAGGAAGCAACAGGAAGCUCUCAAAGCUGUUCCUUCAAAACAAAUGCAGAAAGUUUACGAUGCCCUUGAUACUCUAGGAAACACUAAGUGGAGAGUGAAUAAACGUAUAUUAGGAGUUGUCGAGAGCAUUUGGGAAUCAGGUGGAAACCUUGCUGGCCUGGUAAACCGUGAAGAUGUUCCAAUACCCGGGCUUCUCAUGGAUGAUGCAGAGGAAGUAAAGAAGUGGAAAUGGAGUGUGAGGAAUGCACAAAAAAUCAAUCGAGAAAGACAUUCUGAAAGAUGUGACACUGAACUAAAGCUCUCCGUAUGUGAAAUUCUAAGAAAAAAAUCAUAUUUUUUUUCUUGCAAUAGGUUCCCAUACUUGGGUUCAAAGUAUUCGAAUUGUAAUUCAAAGUACCAGUCACUCCCUUAUGAUUGUUGCAGUGCUAUUUACAUUUAUUAUGUUGUGAAUUGUAAUUCUUUUUUCUAUUGCAGGAUGGAUCGUGCAAUGGUUUGCAACAUUAUGCAGCUCUUAUUUUUCAGCACGUAUUUUUCCAUACAUGUUUAUUCAUGUGUUCAGGGUGUAAGAUUUUUCAUUAAAUUAGAUGGUUCUUUCCAGCUAUACUAUUUUGCACUUAACAGAUGGUUCCUUAAAGAGUUUGAUUUUUUUGGUUAUUUUCAGUUUGAAGCUGCUGCAGUCAAUUUAGUUGCUGGAGACAAACCUGCUGAUGUUUACUCAGAAAUCGCAGAGGUUUAUAGGAUUUUUUUUUUUUUUUUUAAAUUAAUCAUCAGGGUUCUUAAUAUCAUGAAAAGAGACAGCGAAAAGGACCCAGCGGAAGAUUCAAAUGCUUUGCUAGCCAAACUCUUGAUCGGUCAGGUGGAUAGAAAACUUGUCAAACAGACUGUGAUGACCUCAGUAUAUGGUGUUAUUUAUAUUGGUGCACGCGAACAGAUAAAGAGAAGAUUGGAGGAGAAGGGUCUUAUUACCGACGAAAGGCUGCUCUUCAGUGCAGCGUGUUAUGCUGCUAAAGUGACAUUGGCAGCCGUUGGAGAGCUAUUUCAAGCUGCAAGAGCAAUUAUGGGAUGGCUUAGUGACUGUGCUAAGAUUAUUGCUUCAGAAAAUGAACCUGUACGUGUGCACGACUCGUUUUGGACACAUGCAUGCGAUGUUGAUAGAAUGAGUAAGAUUCUGAGACAAAAGUUCGGGGAUCUAUAUAAUAUGCGGAUACUUGAAAAUCUGCUCGAGAGCUUCGAGACAUCAUAUCCAACACUCACAUUUCCACCUCUGCCAGAUAGAGGAGACUUUGAUCUCAACCAAGUUCUUGAAUCUCCAUACUUUUUCAACUAA